AUGGACAUUAAAUGUAAAGACCCAGAUUCAAAAAAAACGGAUCCAGAUAAUACAGAUCCAAACAACAAGAAUGAUGUAAACAAUUCAAAGAUACCAAAUAAUGAUAAAGAUGAUUCUCAUAAUGACAAAAAAAGAAGGCCAAAAAAAAAUAAUAAUAAAAAUAGAAUUCGUAAGAAAUCCAAUAAUCAAAGAAAAAGAAAUAACAGAAGACAAAAUAAUACAAGACGUAAUGGAAGAUACAGAUGGUACAGAUUGGUUACAGUGGAUUAUUUACUAGGUAAUUUACCAGAAUAUAGAAAUCAUGAAGAUGAACAGAAAAUUGUAUUGAUAUGGGACGAUGGCGAUAAAGGACAAAUUUUACUGGACGAACAUAUUGACGAAUUACCAAUGAAAAAUUUAAAUACUAACCAAUUAAUACGGAAAAAAAGAGAUUACACUAAUACACUUCAACUUCAAGAUAAAUUACAAACCAAAAAUAUUAAGCAACACGAUUCAAAAGAAAAUGAAAAAGAUAAAUUAAAUACUAAAGCAAGCGCAAACGAUCAUACCAGAUACGUAGAUGCACAAAAUAACAAAUUAGAAAAUAUACAAAAUAAGCAAAACGUUAAAAAGAAGAAAACGUAUAAAAACCUCGAAAAGUCCAGAGAACACUACAGUUUUGAAGAGAAAUCAAGUUCAAUUGAUAAUUUAGAGGAAGAUGAAAAUAGUAUGAAUAGUAAAAAUUAUGGAAAUAAUAACAGUGAAAUGGAAAGAUCACAUCUGAAAACUAUUGGAAAAAUGCCAGAAAAUAAAAACGACACACCAACAAUAUCAAACGAUGUACAAGAAUUGACCAUUGAACGAAAAGCUGACACACCCAUUCAUGAACUCAGUGAAAUUGAUACACUUAUUGAUGAAAACUCAAAUUCAGCUGAAAAUCAAGAUGAUCAGAAUUAUGAAUCAUAUUCAUCAUCAUCAUCAUUAGAAACAGAACAAGAAAUACCAAAUUUCAAGGGUAUCGAAGACAAUAAAGAACAUGACAUUUUGUACAAUAUAAGACAUCCGAUGAAAUCUAAAUUAAAAAAAAUAGGUAAAAAGCAGUCAAAUGAUAAUGAAAAACUGCAAAAUAGACAUGAAAAAAAAAUAGUUAAACCAUUAAAAGUCAGUAAUAUUGAAGAAAAGGUAUCACAUCAGAAAACUAUUAAACCAAACUCACCAAAUUCAAAGGAUAUACUAAUACUAUCAUAUGAUGAACCAGAACUUACGACAGAAGUAAACGAUGACAUUGCCACACAACUCCCUACAGUUGAUGAAAUUGAUGCAUCUAUGGACAAAAUGAACUCAAAUUCCGAUGAAAAUUUGGAUGAUCAGAAUAAUGAAUCAUCUUCAUCCUCAUUAAAAACAAAACAAGGAAUUCCAAACUACAGCGAUAUCGAAGAUAAUAAGGAACGCGACAUUUUAAAUAAUAUAAAACACCCAUUUGAACCAACAACAAAAAAAUUAAGAAAAAAAAUCUCAGAAGAUAAUGCUAAAUUGCCAAAAAUAUACAAACAAAAAUCAUCUACACCGUUAGAAACAACAAAUAGUGAAGAAAAAGUACCUAAGCAGACACCUAUUAAAGCACUCAAACAAACUUCAAACAACGUACCAAGCAAAUCAAUUGACGUACCAAAACUAACCAAAGGAGACACCACGGAAAUUGGCACGGAAAUUCCUGCAGUUGAUGAAAUUGAUACACUAAUGGACAAAAUGAACUCGAAUGCUGGUGAAAGUUCAGAUGAUCAGAAUUACGAAUCGUCUUCGUCUUUAUUAAACACAAAACAAGACAUUCCAAACUACAGCGAUAACGCAGAUGACAAGGAACGCGACAUUUUAAAUAAUAUAAAACACCCAUUUGAACCAACAACAAAAAAAUUAAGAAAAAAAAUCUCAGAAGAUAAUGCUAAAUUGCCAAAAAUAUACAAACAAAAAUCAUCUACACCGUUAGAAACAACAAAUAGUGAAGAAAAAGUACCUAAGCAGACACCUAUUAAAGCACUCAAACAAACUUCAAACAACGUACCAAGCAAAUCAAUUGACGUACCAAAACUAACCAAAGGAGACACCACGGAAAUUGGCACGGAAAUUCCUGCAGAAAAAGAAAUUGAUACACUAAUGGACAAAAUGAACACGAAUGCCGAUGAAAGUUCAGAUGAUCAGAAUAAUGAAUCGUCUUCAUCUUCAUUAAACACAAAACAAGAAAUUCCAAACUAUAGCGACAUCGCAGAUAAUGAGGAACGCGACAUUUUAAAUGAUAUAAAACACCCAUUUGAACCAACAUCAAAAAAGUUAAGAAAAAACCUCUCAGAAGAUAAUGAAGACCAACUGGCUUUGGUACCAGCGACGGUUACAAUUCCAAAAUCAAAAACCGAAAUUAAGAUCGAUACCCCACUGGACGAUGAAGUAAAUAAAGGCCAUAAUAGUAAUGUUCAAAAAAUGUCUCUACCAAAAACUGUGUUACCUGGUCCCGUCGGCGAUAUUAAUAGUGGCAGAGAUAUCGAUUUACGUAUUCUCAGUAUUCCGAAAGACAAAGAUGAAGAACCAAAAAGUGUAAAUGGAAAACAAGAAGUAGUUGAUCCAGACCAUAAAUCAGUUACAAAUCCAGUUGAUCAAUUAUUAGAUGGUCAAACGGAUGUUGGAGGUUCACAAUCGUCUCCCAUUGACUCUGAUGAUAUAAAUGAUAUUAUAAAG